GCAGCAGGGGGAGCCGGGGGUGUGGGGCCGGUUGAAGAAGGGAAAACUUUGACUGGGUGGUUUCACAGGGAGCAGAGGCAUUUGAGUCAGGGCACGCAUGCCUCAGCUGUGAGAGGCCCUACUCCCCUUGGCUGGCUGGCAUCCCAGAGCAGAGGCAGAGAGACAGAGAAGGCUGAGAGUGUGAGACUGAGGGUAAAGAGAAAGUUUAAGCGUAAAGUAGACUAGGAAGAGGGAAACAAGUAGCCAAGAAAGUUGUCUUAAAGAAAAGAGAAAAGGAUUAGGGACUGAGUUUGGUGCAACGUGGCUCCUGCAGGUUGUUUUACAGUAGUGUGUUUGUAUUUGUAGUGAGUGUGCAGGCGGUUUGUAUUUGGAGUUGACAGCCAUGGCUGAUACAGAUGUCAAGAAGGAGCACGCAGCCCUAGCAGAAGUGCCUUUUGAUGAUGAUGAGGUAGCUCUGGUGGGUGCUGCCACAGAGCCGGCAGUAGAUGAUGAUGACCCUGUUGAGAGGGUGGACCCGGUGCUGGCAACUGGCCCUGGAGGCAAGAGUGAAGCGCAGAUGAACGGGGUCAUGGUCCUGUCUCUGCUCGACAAGAUUAUCGGGGUAGUAGACCAAAUCCAGCAGACCCAGAAUGGGCUCGAGGCCCGGCAGGAGGCCAUGGAGAAGUCAGUGUCAACCAUCCAAGGGGAGCUGGCUAAGUUGUCCAAGAACCACACCGGCACAGCCAACACUGUCAACAAAAUGCUGGAAAAGGUACGCAAGGUCAGCGUCAACGUCAAGACGGUGCGGAGCAACCUGGAGAAGCAGGCAGGCCAGAUCAAGAGGCUGGAGAGCAAUGAGAGCGAGCUGCUCAAGAGACGCAACUUCAAAGUCCUCAUCUACCAGGACAAAGUGAAGCCACCAAAGACAUCCAAAUCCAAGACAGCAGAGGCAGAAGUUGAAGGCAUAGCCGUGGAGGGCCUUGAGCAGAUACCUGAGGGACAAGAGGGACUCCCAGUCAACCUCAACUCAGAUGAGGAGGUGGAGAUUGAGGAGAUUAUCGAGGAGUCUCGUACCAAGCGCCUCCAACGCACCACCAAGCAACAAGUGGACAACAUAAAGAAAGCCUUCUCCAAAGAGAAAAUGGAGAAGACCAAAUUAAAGACAAAGGAGAACUUGGAGAAGACCAGGCAGAGAACCCGCGAAAAUCUGGAGAAGACAAGGCAGAGAACCCGUGACAACCUGGAGAAAACCAAGCACAACCUGGAGAAGAAGAUGGGCAAGCUCGGGACCCGCAUGACCCCCAACAUGGAGCGCAGGGCAAAGAUGAAGACCUCCAAAGAGAAGGCGAAGAAGUCCCUCACUCCCGACCACACCAUCUAUGCUCGCUCCAAGACCACUGUGUACCGCGUCCCCCCCUUCACCUUCCAUGUUAAGAAAUUCCGAGAAGGUGCGGAGGAGGUGGUGCAGAACACAGAGAUGGUGGAGGUGACCGACGCCGAGGGCCAGUCAGCGGGCGAGGAGAACGGGCUGGGUGUGCACGUAGAAGUGGAGGAAGGGGAGCUGGUGCGUGUAGACAGCCCAGAGAUGGAGGCUCUGUUGCAGGUGACUGAGGACUCUCAGCUAGUCAGGGUGGAGCCAGACCUCCUAAACAAGGCCCAAAGCGAAUAGAGUGUCUGCAGGUCUGUGAAAUGAGAGAUAAAGGGAUGAAGAGGGGAGUGGAGUCUAAUCACACCGACACAUUAGUCGUGUAUAGGGUCUUUCUUCACAUGAUCACAAUCUAUGACAUCUCAUUUGUUUUUGGUUCUCUUUUUAUUGUACCCAACAGGGAUGACUUUCACUUUCAUAUGUUCUCCUCUUUAGCAUACAAAUAAGAAAAACAUAAGAAAUAAGAAAUUAAGCUUUUGAAACAUGCUGCAGGCUGACUGGCUAUUCUAGACUUGUAUGUUUAUGCUGUUUGCUGUUUAUUGUUGGUUUGAUAGAUUGAGUGGCUACAAGAAUAAAAAAAAGGUCUAAAUAGUCUUUGUUGUUGAGAUGUAAUGUAUAAUUUAAUAUUUGCCAUGUAUGAUAUGCACAUUAGCAGGUAUGUAUGUAACAGGAAGUUGUUGGCGGGAUUUGUGCUUUAAUCGAUGGUUUUAGUGAUGUAAUGUGCACAAGUGAAACAAAAAAAGAAACAAGUAGGCAAGGUAUAGGUCUACAGAAGAAAUAAAGAACAGGAGGAGAGGAGACGACUGGGAAUUGACUAAGAAAAUCUCUUCCUCAACUAAAGAGUUUACACAAACUUUACUCCUGAUAUGCAGAUUAUGUAGCCUAGCGUUAGUCACUCAGCCAUUGUGCUAAAUGUUACAAUAUAAUCUAAAUGACUGAAAAUAGAAGCGUAAUGUCUGAUAGAUUAUUUGGAACAUUAAAACUGACAAAUUCAAAAAUAACGGGAUAACAUUUCACUGGAAUUGUACCUUGUACGAUUUCAUGUGACAAACAAAAUUGAUUGAUUGAAUACUUAAACACUCACAUAGCACCACAAUAAACUGCUAAAGUUACUGUUGUGAACAAUUAUUUUAAGACCUGUUGUUUUACCUUUUUGAGGACAAGCCUGCAAGUCAUAUGUUGUAUGUACAUUUUUUGUGCAUUGAUAACAAAAAAAAGACAGAGACAAAGGAUCAUGAAGCCUUAAAAGAAUCAGUAGUCCACCACAUUUGGUAUAUUUACAAUACAUGCUUGAAAACUUGCUUGACCAUAAUUUACUGUAAUAUUUUGAUGCAUACUCACCAUGCUACAUUUGUUACAUCUGGACAUGUUGAAGGGCCCACUCAACAACUUCCACAUAGCACAUAUCUGCACAGAGGAGAAGACAAAGACUUUAUCGCCAUGGUCACAGCUCACCAAAGUACAAUUGCACAUCCCUAUUACACUUUCUCAAGGUAAUUGCAGGCAGAAAAAUGAUGAUCUGAAGAGCAAGACUGACUACGUAACAUGAGAUGCAAAUGUCAUCCUAAAUGCAGUCGCAGUGAGACAGCCAUGGCCAAGUAGUUAUGAAUGGCAUGGCACUUUAAUAAAUGUCAAAACAUCAUGAUUUGAUCAAAACGUUUUUGUUGCAAUCUUGUGUACUUCCUCUGAAUUAUAAACUGUUUACACUGAUGAAAAAAAGCUGUCUGACUAUGGUAAUUUAGAGAAGAUGAUUGCAGAGGAUUAGAGGAAGCUACGGUGAUUGAAUGGUAAUUUUUGUAGCCUAAAUAAACUGGGGAUUCAAUCGUUGCCACUUCUGAUCAUGAAGGCAAGCAUACAGACUCUGGACAAGGAGAGGGGGAAUGUAUGGUUUUCAUUUUUGUCCCUGUAGACUGUGUGUGAUUUUGAUGUGGCUCACUGUGUAGUAUGGAGAACCAUUCAAAUAAUCAAUGGGCUGGGGAAUGCAAUUAAGGAGAGUGCUCCCUCAGAACACUGAGCAGGAUGGAGAACAGUGAGGACAGUGUGUGUGUGUGUGUGUGUGUGCGUGUGUGUGUAUGACUGUGAAGAGUAAGUAUGUGCAUACCAGGCUACCCACACUAAUAUCUUGGUGAAACUCCAGGUUUAUGUCUACAUCAAGUGCAAAUUUCAAAAAACAAAGGAAACAAUUGCAGGUCUGUGACAUCACAUAGACAUAUAACUAUCAUAGUCUUAUAUAGGCUAGUAUAUGAUUAUAUCUUUUUAGUGUUUUUAUUUUUAACAAAAACAUCUUCAGUGUUUUGCACAUUAAACAUUAAAGCAUUUGUAAGAUAUUGGCCCCCCACAAGUGUUUUUUUGCAACCAUGUACUGUAUAUUUUUGUUUUGUUAUAGUUGGUUAUUAAAAAAACUGAACCAGCAUGCUAUAAGCGUGAGGUAUCAUGCACAGCUUACAGCAUAUAGAGAUAUUGUCAUUUAGAAAAAUGCUGCAACACAAUGUGACACAUAUUUGCUCUUGGUGUUAUUGAUUUAUACUCAAAUACUGAAUGUUUGCCAUUUAUUUUGUGUUUAAGGCCCCUUUUGUCACUUCAAUAUCAAUAAAAGCUUAUGGAAUAAUA